AUGCCAACGGCAACCAGAGCAAGCGUGUAUGGUGAUGACGAAGAGGGUGUGGGCACGGAUGGCGCAAGGGGGGGGCAAGCCCAGGUAGUGGCUCAAGCUGGCCUACACCAGGCGCCGGGGGGGGGGAGGGGGGGAGGAUUGCCCAUACUAGCCUCAGCGAUGCGUUUAGAAAUAUACAAAAGUAUAUGCCAAUGUAACCAUGUCCUGGUUAGUAGGUUUGUACCCAAAUUGGAAGAAACAACACCGGUGCCUAUAGCAACUCUAUGUAAGAGGAGAGUAGGCAUCCACGACCAACAACCCGAACGACGCAUGCCAAUCGUCGACACCGAGCUCAGACGACGAUACGAUCUAGCUGUCAAUGAGUGUGGCGAUGAUGAGGAGGAUGAACUCAUUCAAAUCAGUCAAUAUUUAUACCCAGCACUAGUAAUAAAUCUAGUAGAUUCCACUGAUGCAACGGAGAAGACCAAGGCAGUGCUCAAUGAGUUAAGAGGCACUGAAACACAGAUAACCAAAUACUUCAAGGAUUCUGGACAAUUCAAUAGAAUCAUUAUUGACAGACUCAGACACCAUCCAGUAGACUAUCUGUUAGAAUACUUUCUCAAUGACAUACAGAACAAGACAGUGUACGUAGAGGUGCGCACAGAGCGAGCGCAUAAGACAAUGGAUAUGUUAGAGGAGCGUUGCCGCAACUCAGACAAAGAGUCUAUAAACGUGCAAAUUCUCAAGGUCCAAAGAUACCAAGCACUUACGUACUACGGACAACAAGAGAAAGUGUAUGCUCUCAUCAGGGUCACUUAUCGGACAUGA